CGACCAGUCCACUCAGGGAUAAGAUUACCUCCAGCCCUCCCCAUGCGUCCGUGUGCUUCCUGACCUGUGCCGGGGAACAUUAGAGGGGGUUAGAAUUAGCUGCUAGCACUUAGCUUUACUGUUUUUUUUUUAGCUAGCAUUUGGUUUUGCUAGCACUUUGAAAAGCCUCGGCCUGCACAGACCCCUCUCUGCUCUCUGCAGUGUUAGCAGUGAGGAGGCUGUACUGUUUUUUUUUUUAAUUUAUUUGAAUUAUAUUUAAUUUAGCAACAGGUGUUACAUUUUUUUGUACCUCCUUGUGAGGGUCCAGGCCCUGCUAUCAACGACGUGACUGACUUUUCCCAUUGGAAAUCUACUCAGAUCUUCAGAACUGUGGUUUUCAACAUCAGGUGACAGAGAUGGAAGCCCGGGGCUCCUCCACUACCACCACUGUCCUGGAGAGUAAGAGCAGUGAGGCGAGUGCUCCAACCCUCCGACUGUCCAAACGCUCUAUGACCGAUGACCUGUACACCACCUUCAGCUCCCCAGUGGCCUGGGUGCUGGUGCUGGCCCUCAUCAUUACCUGGUCUGCUGUGGCCAUCAUCAUGUUUGACCUGCUGGACACCAAGAGCCUGGAAGCCCAUACAUUAUACUGUGAAGACCCCUGUUUGCCACCUGGACCUCAGCCAGGCCGGGUCAGGAAAGCCUUGAGGGAGGCAGGCGGGCCUAGAGUGCCCUCAGGAGGCAUGCAGCACAUCAGCAAAGAUCCCGUGAAGGCAGUGACCGACGCCAUGGAGGAGUCCACCGACUGGAUGAGCGCAAUCAUGACCUUUAUGACUAAUUUGGUAGCACCGGAGGAGGAGGAAGAAGGAGAAUGGCACGCAGUGAGAAAAAAAGGAGAAUUCUUACCACCAAGGAAAAAAGCAGUUUAUUCUACACUGACUAAGGAACAGGUUUAUGGUGUAGUUACAGAGUUGAGGGCCAAGGAGAUCGUUGAGAAGGAGGAAGAGGAGAAGAAACAGCAGGAGGAAGGAGAAGAUGAUGACGAGGAAGACGAAGAAGAUGAGCAAGAAGCAACUUCUUUGGAGGAGGAAGAAGAGGAAGAAGAUGAGGCUGGAGAAGAGGAGGAGGAGGAGGAGGAGGAGGGUGAGGAUGAGGAUGAGGCAGCAGAAGAAGAAGAAGAAGAGGAGGAAGAGGAGGAAAAAGCAGCAGCAGCUGAGGAAGAAGAAGAGGAGGAGGAUGAAGAAGAAAUAGAAGUGGAGGUGAAGGUCCCAGCAGCAGAGGAGGAAGAUGAAAAAGAAGUGGAAGAAGAAGAAGCGGAAAAGGAUGAAGAGGAGGAAGAAAAAGAAGAAGAAGAAGAAAUAGCUGAAGUCAAGGAGAAGGAGGAUAAGGAGCCAGAAGAAAAACCAGAAGCAAAAGUUAAACCAGACAAAAAGGAAAAGAAAGAAGAGAAAAUAGCAGAUGAAGAAGCUGCUGAAGAGGAAGAGGAGGAGGAGGAGGCCUCUGACAAAACUGCUGCACUAGAGAAAGAGGAGGAAGAAGAGAAUGAAAAAGCUGUUGAGACAACAGAAGAAAAGGCAGAGGAACAUGCUGAUGAAGAUGAUAAGGAGGAGGAAAAAGAAGAGGAGGAUGUGAGUCCUGCUGCUGCAGCUGCUGAUGUUAUCGGCGCACAAGUUAUUGACAAAGACAAAGAUGCUGAAGAUGCUCCAGCUCCAGACGAAGAAACUGUUGCCCCUGCUGUCGCUGCUGCUGAUGAUAAUGAGAAAGCUGAUGAUGUGAGUGACACCGGGGACGAUGGAGUCGCUGACACUGACGCCAGGCCUGAGUUUCCAGCAGAUGAGGCCACUUCCUCUGAAGAAGCUAAAGACGACAAGGACAAUGAUGAGAGCGACGAUACAGACGAGGCAAUUACUGUUCCAGCAGAAGCUGAUGAAAGCGAUAAGGAUGAUAAGGAGGAAGAUGAAGAGGCUGCAGAUGGAAAAACAGAUGAAGCUCCUGCCACUGCUGAUGAAAAAGAUGAGGAGGAGGAUGAAGAAGACCUCAAAGACACCGAUGCAGCUGAAACUGCAGACGAGGACGAGGAACCUGAAAAAGUAACUGAGCCAGUUGCUGCUGAUGCUGCAGCUGAUGAUGAUGAUGAUGAUGAUGAUGAUGCAACAGAAGAUGACCAAAAAGACAAAGAUGACCAAACUGAAGAAAAGGAGGAGGAAAAAGAUGAUACUGAACUUGAUAUAGGAAUCAAAGAGGAACCAGUGAUAGUGAUUGGUGCUCCACCACAAGUAACAGAGACCCAAGAACCAGAAGUGGAUCAGAAGGAGGAAGCUGAAGCAGAAGAACCUGAAGCUGAAGAAUCCACAGAACCAGCUCCUGAAGAAGAGGAUGAAGAGAAAGAGGAGGAAACAGUGGUGCUUCUGGAAAAGAAAGAAGCUGAGAAAGAAGAUGAAGAAAAAGAAUCUUCUACCUGUGUGUGCCCACUGCCACAACAACCUGUAGAGCCCCAGACACAACCCCCUACGCCCAAAGAGGAAAAAGAGGAAGAAGUAAAGAAAGAAGAGCCAAAGGAAAAGGAGGAGGAAGCAGUGAAAGAGAAGGUGGUGGAGUCUGAGCUGCCACUUAAAGGACCCACAACUCCAGAACAGGUCGACGUUGUGGCACCGCUCCAGGACUUGCCCGCAUGUCGUCCUGCACCAGUCUACUGCCCCGCACCCCCAGGCUGGUACGUUCACCACAUAGUCACAGAUAGUCCUCUGCCACCGACGACUCUGCGAGACUCUCAUGUUGCUGCAAUAUCAACUCAUGCUGUCACCAUUCAAAGACUAGAAGAACCAGGUGCUGAGGAAGAGAAACCAGCGGAAAAGAAAAAGCCACCUGCUCAAAAGAAGAAAGCUAAAACAACUUCCGUGAAGAAAGUCUUAACGCCCAAAGAGAAAGCAAAAGCUACAACUCUGAAGAAAGGUCGCGAGGCUCCUAGAGAGAAGAUACAACUGAUCCCUCGAAGAAGAGAAUCACAGAAGCUAGUCAAACCCUCUAAAGUAACCACAUCAGUGAAACAGAGGGUCAGAACAGUGAGGAAAGCAGAGGAGAAGAAAGUAACCAAGGAGGAGAAGCCCGCUGUCGAGGGCAAGAAGAAGACGAUUACAGCGAAGACGAAACCUGUUAAACCAGCUAAAGAAAAGGCUCCAGUUAAAGCCGCCCCAGAGGAGCAAAAACCAGCCAAGGACAUAGAAGAAAAACCAACUGAGCCACCUGCACCAGCAAAAGCUGAAGAAAAUGUUACUGAGGGCAAGAAACCAGGAAAGAUCCCGUACUUCCAGUGUGUAUUAGUGGGUGGAAAAGGCAGUCAGUAUCCACUGCGCCCGCUGUCUCCUGCUAUGACUCCUGCUAUUAACCCAGCCAUGAUGAGAGCCAUGAUGGAGCAGAGAGCCAGCGUGCUGGAGCAGAAGGCCAAGGAAUCAGGACAGUAACUUCUCUACCCCAACCUGAGGAGAGGACCCACAACCAUGCUCUGGAGCUGCUGCGACCCAUGAAAAAAAUGGAGGAUACUUCAAUGUGGUGUUAAAAUAUUCUAAAAUCUAAUGAGAAUAUUCUGCACUAUAUUUUCAAACAACAUAUUGCAUUUAUGAUUGGGAAGCCUCUCCAUGGAGCUGUAUAAUGAAAUGGACAUCAAGACUAAACACCUCAGAAAAGACUUUCAGACUUUUUCUACAUAUACAUGUGUGAACCUAUGGGUUCUAUAGCUAAUAGUCUGUUCCUUUAUGAACAGACUGAGCAGUAAACCCAUGCACACUGUUACGGAAAUGGUUAAGACCAUCAGAACCAUACCAUCAGACUGUUAGAACUCAUGGUAUAUACUGUUGUCAGUGUCAUACGUUGAUGCACCUUGUCAUGACAGAUUAUGUGCAUUAAUAUACAUCAGUGUCACAUUAGCCGUAAUUGUCCUGACAGAUGCUACAGUGUUUGUGAUGUCAUGAACAUUUACGUCAAAUGUUAUUGAACAAUAUGGUGUCUGACAUGGCAAUUACUUGUAACAGUAACGCAACAGUGUUCUAUUAUUGAACAUAAUCUGCCAAGACAAAGCCAUGUUCUGUAUUGAUCUUGAUCAUCAACAAUGUAUUACCAGUGAGACGUGCACAAUCAAGUCAUCUCAAUCAAGCCAGGAGCCAUUUAAAAACCUUUAUUUUUAAGUAUGGAAGUAAACUUCACAGUAUGAAAAAGUAUUAUUAUUUAUGUACAGUACCUCUUAAACUGCACUAACUGAUCACUUUGCAGUUAUGAUGUAUACUUUUAUUACUUAAAUCUCUGAGAUGAAAUCUAAAUCUUGUUUAAAGAAAAAUUCUGGCCUUGUUUCCACAUAAAUGAACUACACAUAACAUCAUGGAAUUGGAUGAUGAAGGGCAGCCGUUACAAAGACAGAUAAUUAGUGAAAUUGUUUAAACGACUGAAAACAAUUUGUCCCAGUUUGAGACAAAUCAGUGAUGCAAAUUCCUGAAGUUUUUUUUUUUUAUCACUAAGCAAAAGUUAGAGAUCAGCCUUCAUUUUAAGCAUUAAAAAAGUGUAAAAAUAUAUAGAAAUAUGUUUAACAGAAAGUAACACUGAAUUUUUUUCAGAUUGGACAGUUUGGUGACCUGCCAGGUAUUGUAGGGGGUUGUUAGGGCUUUUAUUUUUUAUUUUAUUUUAUUUUUAUUUUUCUUAUAGGUAAUCUUAUUAAAAAAAGAAAUCUAAUUAAUAUAAAAGUAAAUAACUUUCUGGUCACUAAAAAAAUGUAAUAAAAGUUGAUCUCUGACUUAUACUAAAUUGGUGUGUACAGUAUACAGAAUCUUAAAAACACAAAUGGAACACAAAUCUAAAGAUUUCAAAAAAAAAAAAAAAAGUUUGAAUGUAAUGUUUAUCAAUAUGAAUGUACAGCUUCAGAUGAUCUGUUUACAUUUCUUUUUGUUUUGUUUAAUUUUGUUGUGUUUUGUUUUUGGCUUCUUAGCUUUAUUUUGAUCUAUAUUUUAUUGUAAGCAUAUUUAAUUAAGAUAUACAUUCACAUAUAUAUAUAUUUAAAUAUUCAAAUUUACAUAUUUAAUUUAAAUAUUUAUUUAUUUAUUUAUUAGACAAUUCAAACUACAUUUAGUUUUUGUUUUUGGAUUUACACACAAACCUUGAAUCUCCUAUCACAGGCCAUUUCCAUUGUCUAUCGACUAUCCAUUAUAUAAUUAUAUGUACAGAGCAUCCGGGUUUGACCACUAUUAUGCUCAGCUGUGUGUUGAGGGCACACACUGUGCCGGGAGGCCUGAUUCUAAAUUUUAUUUGCUAUAAAAAGCUUAUCUAUUUUGAAACAAUAAAGACAAACAGUUUCUGUGAUGCAUUUGAAAUCCGCAGUGCUUGACUAAAAGGAAAUGAGUUGCACUCUUAAUUUAAUGCCCUGAUACUUGCUGUGAAUAUCAACAGUGUUUGCUUAUGCUAAAUGAGAAUGUUUGUGUUUGUAGAUAAUAUUUUUGCUUUAAUGAAAAGAAGAGAUAAAGUAAUAUUUAACCGCUCUCACAAAAGCGACCUCACUUUGAAUUUACGUUGUGUAUGUUUUCAGGUGGUGGUUUUGACUUGUUUGACACAUUUACUAUGACCAAUAGAUAUUUCACUUGAAAAAAAUAUCCUAUCAAGUGAAAGCAUCUUAAUUAUACAUUAUAUACGAAAUAAUAGUUGUAACCAGAAGAGAGUGUCAGAUUGUGAUGUUAUUUAGAAUGAAGAUAAAGCUACACAUACAGCAGUAGAGUGUGAUGCAUGUGUAAUGCAACAUGUUAGAUAGUCUCAACACAGAGCUGUAGAGGUUCCUAAUGGUGUCUUAAUGGUAUUCCUGGGGAUGUGUCCAAUAGCAUCACACACGUCUUCAAUCAGGUGUGGCAGUGUGGCUGGCCAUGAUAAAGUGCCUGUGCGGAUAAGCAUUGUCUUGUUGGAAGAGUGUUUCCGAAAUGUUAGGGCCAAUUGUAGACCAUAAUAAUAUCACCUUAAAAUAUGUUUUAAUUAAAAAAAUAAACAAAAACAUAUAUAAUAUAACUUACAGUGAGAUGCAUUGUCUGCAUUAAGAUCCUUUCACUGGCAUGGAUAUCAUUUUUUGCUGUGUUAAAAAUGGUGGUGUGGCAUGACGAGUUGUUUGCUUACACACCCUCUCACACGUCAUCACUGCCACGCUCCUGGAGUGUUUUCCAGCAUGUGGUAAAUGCUCUAGGCCUUUCACUUGAUUUUUUUCAUUGUCUUAUUUGAAGUGAUUUCUGGAAAAUAUUGAUCUUUCAGAUAUACAGGUACCUCUCAAAAAAUUAGAAUAUCAUUGAAAAGUUACUUUAUUUCAGUAAUUCAGUUCAAAAUGUGAAACUCAUAUAUUAUAUAAAUGUAUUACAAACAGAGUGUUUUUUUUAAUGUUUUUUUUUUAUUAUUGUUGAUGAUUAUGGCUUAUAGCCAAUGAGCACCCAAAAACUAAUUUGUACUUUUGGCAGUGUGGGCAGUGUGCCAAGUCCUGCUGGAAAAUGAAAUCUGAAUCUCCAUAAAAGUUGCCAGAGGAGGAAUGCAUGAGGUGCUGUAAGAUUUUCUGGAAAGCACUGCACUGACUUUAGACUUGAUAAUAAAACACAGUGGAUCAACACCAGCAGAUGACAUGUCUCUCCGCAAAACCAGCACUUCAUGCUUCCCUCUGCUGACAAUAUUUAUGGAGAUGCAGAUUUCAUUUUCCAGCAGGACUUGGCACACUGCCCACACUGCCAAAAGUAUCAAUUGGUCUCAUAUAAUAUUAUAAUUUUCGGAGACACUGAUUUUUGGUUUUUCAUUGGCUGUAAGCCAGAAUCCACAAUAAUACAAGAAAUAAACGCUUUAAAUAGAUCACUCUGUGUUUUCAACUGAAUUUCUGAAAUAAAGUAACGUUUCAAUGAUAUUCUUAUUUUUUCUGAUGCACUAGUAUGACACUGUGUCACUGGACCUAAAGUAUGAGUUAGCGUUUAACAGCAUUAGCCUUUGCAAAGGCAGUGAGCCUCGUGGACAUACAGUAUGAGAAUCACUGAGAGCAGAGAGGCAGACAGCAGACAUGCGCAUAUGAAGUAUUUGAGUCCAUAUGCAUACAGUGAGAAUGUGCUGUGUAGUGUCUGUACAGUUGUUCUGCCAUAUGGCUAUGGAGUUUUUGAUCAUGAUGAAGACAGUCAGCUGUAACAGCAUGAGUGAGGAGAGAAAUAGGCCACAGGAAUAAUCCCACUUUGAAGUUGCUGGGUGCUGUUUGCCGCUCGCGAAUGUUAAAGCUCUCUGUCAGCAAUGGAGGAUUCAGUUGCUUCGGUGUCUGGUUCAUUUUAAUGAACAGCGAGACUGGAGAGAGAACUGAAAUGCUGCCGUUGUGUCAGAUAGAUUACAUUCUGAGGAAACUUAUGUCUAAAUGUAUACUUGACUGUGGAUUAUGAUUCGAAUUACACUGACUGUGUGAUGCAUUAAAAUGAUUUAAGGCAUUAUUAAAUGUACCUAAACACAAGAAUAUGGAGUAACCGAGUAAUGGCUCAGUUAAACAUUAAAUACAGGUAUUAAAUAUUACUACAUAAUCAGGUUAUGUGUUGAAUAAUAAGUAAUGCUUGAAUAAUAACUAAUGAUGAAUGACGUAUAACUUAAAGAUGGUUUAUGUCAAAUAGAUCAUUUAUCAUCAAUACUGUUCCUGGAGUAACUCUGUGCUACGAAUUUAUAUGUUUAUACCUAAACUAAUCUGUGCACGAACAGUUAAAGUAGUGAUGGUUAAAGACAAUGACUGUACACUUACUUGUCCAGCAUAAUAAAUGUGAAAGUAGA